CUAAUACUGACAUACUUACUGCCAAAUUUAUCUUCGUUCCUCUAUCACAUACUUGCUUCUACAUCCAUCUAGACGAGUCUCAUAUCCUUUUAUACUACUAUCAUCAACGACUCGCAAUGACUGGUAUCGUCAACGGAAAUGCCAACGGCGGUAGUGUCUCUCACGAGCUCGCUCCUGGACACUUCCUCUUCACCUCCGAGUCUGUGGGCGAGGGUCACCCUGACAAGAUCUGCGACCAAGUCUCAGAUGCCAUUCUCGAUGCGUGUCUCGCUCAGGACCCCUUUUCCAAGGUAGCCUGUGAGACGGCCUCGAAAACUGGUAUGAUCAUGGUCUUCGGUGAGAUCACCACCAAAGCUCAGGUCGACUUUCAAAAAGUCGUCCGUCAAGCGAUCAAACACAUCGGAUACGACUCUUCUGACAAGGGGUUCGAUUACAAGACCUGCAAUGUGCUCGUUGCCAUUGAACAACAAUCGCCUGAUAUCGCUCAAGGUCUCGACCAUGGUAGCUUGGAGGACAUUGGUGCCGGUGACCAAGGUAUCAUGUUCGGCUAUGCUACGGACGAAACUCCCGAGAUGAUGCCCCUGACCAUUAUGCUCUCGCACAAGCUCAACGCCGCAAUGGCCGCUGCUCGUCGUGACGGCUCUCUGCCAUGGCUUCGGCCCGACUCGAAAACUCAGGUUACCGUGGAGUACAAGAAGGAUCCAUCCGGUGCCGUCAUUCCCGUUCGUGUCGACACCGUUGUCAUCUCGACUCAGCAUGCCGAAGAAAUCUCCACUGAGGAUCUACGAAGCGAAAUAAUGGAGAAGAUUGUACACAAAGUCAUUCCCAAGAACCUACUCGAUGACCGCGUCGUCUACCACAUCCAGCCUUCAGGACGUUUCGUCAUCGGUGGCCCUCAAGGUGAUGCCGGUCUUACCGGAAGGAAAAUUAUCGUCGACACGUACGGCGGCUGGGGUGCCCACGGUGGCGGUGCUUUCUCGGGCAAGGACUUCAGCAAGGUCGAUCGUUCGGCUGCUUACACUGCUCGGUGGAUCGCCAAAUCACUCGUAGCCGCUGGUCUCGCACGUCGAUGCCUCGUUCAGCUGUCUUACGCCAUUGGUGUUGCCGAACCUUUAUCCAUCUACGUCGACACUUACGGUACCGGUACCAAGCCUGACGCGGAGUUGGUCCAUGUGAUCCGCAACAACUUUGAUCUUCGUCCCGGUGUGAUUGUCCGCGACUUGAACCUACAGAACCCAAUCUACUUUAAAACGGCUUCAUACGGUCACUUUGGUAACCCCGAGUACACUUGGGAACAGCCUAAGAAGCUCGUCUUUUAGGCGGUUUCCUUGAUCACAUUUUCGCCUUCUUGUCCCCCCUUCCCCUUCCCCUUCCAAAAUGGGUAACCUCUGGUCCCAUGCGCGAGUUCCACCUCGUGUUCGCCCUCAUCUCGAUUUGCAUCAUCAUUGAUACCCACAUACGAUUCCCAUUUUGUUUCAAGCAUCAUACCCAUAGUGAUGUCCUCCUUCCGGUCUUUGGCUAGAGGGGGAAAAGUAGAAGUUUCAGGUAGAGGUUUACGGUCCGGAUUAGAGUCCGGUAAAGUUGUUUGGUUGUUAUGAAUGCGCUCAACCGCCACCAUGU